AUGAAUCCAGAAAUAGGAAUACCGGAGGACGGCUCGCAUCGGUUCUCGCCUGUUACGUUCAACGACCAUGCCGGACAGCUGUGGAUCGUGACGAUCUUGUCGCUGAUCUACAGCGCGCUUGUGGCGACUGCAAGGGCAUACAUCAAGUACCAGAUGUUCGGGUUCGAUGACAUUUUGAUUGCUUUAGCAACGGUCUUACAAUUAGCUCAAUCGAUUGCCAUAUUUGUUGGCUUGAGUCAUGGCCUUGCCAAGUACAACUCCAUCACCUCGCCGGAACAAUGGGCGACAUCUUCAAAAUCCACUCUCGCAUCCGUUAUUCUCUGCGUUUUAUCUCUGAGCCUCGCCAAAUGCUCUGUCCUCGCCCUCGUCCUUCGCAUCAUCGGCACCAAGACUGGGAAGAAUAGAAUAUUUUGUAUCGGACUGAUGGUGACCAGUGCAGUAUGGGGCGUAGGGUCCUCUGUGGCAUUUCUAGUCAACUGCCGCGCCGAUACUUUGUUGACUCCUGACAACGUCAAGCAAUGCCCCAACCAGGUUACGCGUUGGGCCGUGGUCACUACGAUCGAUAUCUUGACCGAGAUCUUUACCUGGCUCCUCGUUGUGCAACUGUCUUGGUCUGUCAGCAUGUCGUUUGCCCGCAAGUGUCAGGUCGCCAUGGCCUUCUCAUUCCGCAUACCGCUUAUCGCCCUUUCAGCAAUUCAUUUGGCAUAUUUCAGCAAGUACCCAGAUGCGACUGAGCCUCAAUUCGCCGUCACGAACAGUCUACUAUUCCAGCAAACGAUGAUCGCUUGGUCCCUAAUUUCUGCUACUGUGCCGAACUUGAAGAACUUCUUGAAAUCAUUCUCUAUAGGUAUGGGCUUUCCACUCGCCUUCGACCUCAGCAUAUACGGAUCAAGCAAUGUGUACGCACUUCAGUCACUGGGAAACGAUCAUUCCCAGGCUACCACGUCUGCAGCGGCAGCCGGGGUUACAUCGACCUCCGUUAGGGUCCACCACUCCGAUGGCGAGCCCCGUGGUCGACCGCACAACUGGAGGCCGGACCAAGUCUCGACGCAAACAACGGCGACGAAUAACUAUGGGAAUGCUAUUCGAGACAACGUAUCAGAAGAAGAGGAAAUCUCCAGGACUGGUAGUCAGGAGAUGAUUAUCAACAAGGAGGUUGCGUGGCAGGUCACGUAUGAGGGUCACACAUAA